AUGUCGGAGUUUCGUGGUGAUCAUAUACCAGGUUUGCUUCGUGAACUUGGAGGGCGGGAUGGCGCACUUACAUUCGAUGAGGCUAUCAUGCGCACCACCGGUCAGGGGCUGAAGCUCAAAGGCCCUGAAACCAGGCCCGUGUCGUCCAUCCGUGAUGCAGGUGACGUGAGUGUUGGUGAUCUACCAGUUCGUUUCCUUGACUCGAUCUCGGGCAAGGUAGAACAGUUUUGUGAUGCUAUCCAACAUGCCAAAGUUGAUGUCACACCGGAUUUCUUCCAGUCCAAGCUCGUGAAAGAGUGCAUGACGUGCAAUUACAAAGGCUUGCCGGAACCUUUCCGUCUUCGUCACGAACCGCAGGUGUCGUACACUAUGCAGCUAAUCAUCCUUCCUGCUACGCCUCCGGAAGAUCAACGCUCUGAAGCCAUUAAGAUGUGCGAUGGCAUCUCCAUGCGGUUUGAGUGGGGGACGCACACACGCCAAGCCUUGAUCGGCCUCACGUACAUGUUGGACAAUAUGGGCGGGAUGCAGAUUAGGAAUUGGGUGAUACAACCCAAAUUCGAAAAGAAGCUCACGGUAGACCAGACUGCAAGGGAUGCAGGCUAUCGUUUCAUCAAGGAGCAUGGGCCCAAAACCAAUAAUGCCAACCAGUUCAUGGAAUGGACAGACAAUCAGAUCCACACCGUCGGCAGUCCCAUUGAGAAUUGGUCAGAGGCUAAGGUCAUCACGGCACUGCAAAACCACAUGAGGGGACGUCAGUACGCAAAAACUCUUGAAUACUGGCCCUUCACUUUCAAGAGCCUCGUACCUUGGUUUUUUGAUGAGAUCCUCGUCCCCAUGCUAGGGUCCAUCAGGCAGCACUCGAUUACCUGGAUUGGCAAAACCAGAACAGGUAAAUCGCUGGCUUCAAAGGUCGUAGCGUUCUGUCAAUCCAAGUAUGAGAUAGAUGCAUCGCAGCGCGAAGAUUUGAUUCCUUUGGGAACGUCUUCAUUGCAUUUGGGGCGCGUGGGCGUUUCAGCAGCUAAAGGGUCGAAAAAGCUGUACAAGUUCCAGAAGUUCUAA